CAAUUUAAAGCGCAUUUCUAUUUAUGCACGUGAACCCGUCUAACGUUAUUUUCGCAGUUAUAUAAAGUAGCAAAUUAUCGUUCCUGAAUAGGUGGCGCCGUCGUAGCGGAUCCUGUUCCUCUUCUUCCGGUUUCUGCACUGUGCAACUAUUUCAGUUAUAUUUUUAAUUAACGAUGCCAAGUACUUGUUGUUGUGUACCUGGAUGUCAUUUAAGAGGAGGACAUGCAUUUCCAAAUGACUUAAAAAGAAGGAAAAGUUGGAUCAACGCCAUGGCCCAUACGCAGAUUGGACGAGAACACGAUGAUAUCGUGGAGUCCAUCUCAAUCAGCUGUUGUUUGCAAAGACUACGUGCAGGAAACUAUUCAUGGGCGCAAACCCACCAUACAGAGACUUAAGUCUACUGCAAUUCCCAGCCUAUUUUCCUGGACCAAGCAAGAGACUGAAUCGUCCACAAAAAGAAAAAUCAGGGCAGUUUCCUGUGAAAACAAAAGAACUAAACUUGAUGAAUAUUGUAGUAGAAAUCUAGAGGAAAGUUUUGAUUGUAAAGUUGGUUUUCCUGAAGAAGUCAUUCAUACUGCAGAAAGGAUUUAUGACUGUCCACCACCAACUGCCGAGCUAAUGUUGAGCUUCACAGAUGGAAUUACGCAAACACCAUCAAUGCCUAUGUUUUUAACAGAGAAUUUUGAAAUGAAGACAUGUGACACAGCCAUGCAUUUUUAUACCGGUUUAGAGUUGUAUACUAAAUUUUUAUUUGUUUUGACCACACUUGGUCCAGCAGCACAUUGUUUGAGAUACAUAUAUUUUCAAAUUGAUAGGGUGUCAGUUGAAAAUCAGUUUUUUUAUGACUUUGAUGAAAUUGAGGCAUCAUACAACCAACUUUGAACUGUCUAGAUUCUAGAUUGAAUCUAGUGUUAAGAAUAUUGUGUAUACAUGGAUUGUUUUUAUGUCUAAACAGUGGUGUGAGGCUAACACUUGGCCAUCUAGUGGUUUAGUCAGGUAUUUUUCACCAUCCAACUUCAAAGUAAAGUUUCCUACGACUUGGAUUAUUAUUGACAGCACAGAAUAUCCCGUGAUAAAACCUAAAGCUCCUAGAGCUCAGGCAACCUUUUCAUCAAAUAAAAACAGAAACACUGAAAAUUCUUGAAUGUUCGACACCUGGUGGUUUAGUCAACUAUGUCUAUAUGUCACAUAGAGCGAAUUAUUGGACUUGGCAAAACAUACAAAAUUCUAAUAAAUCCUAUGAAUGGAACUGAAACAAAACUUUCAUCUGAAAUAACAUUUAGCUGUUUUAUGUUGUGUAAUUUUAGAACUUGUAUUGUGCCAAAGGAUGCAUAAAUAAAAGUGACGCAAUGAAUUUUGUUCUGAUAUAUAUAUAUUUACAAUUACAUGCACAUGUAAAUUGUAAUGCAUAUAAAAAUAAGGAGAUGUGGUAUGAUAUUCAGUGAGUUUAUCAAACUAAAGUGCAUAAGAAAUGGGUUUAAGCAGUUACAGGUGUUACUGUCACCGUACAAUCUCCAACAAUGAGAAAAACUCGUACCCUGUAAAAAAUUUCAGAGAUCUUACAACUAAGUUUUGUUGUCUCACCUUGACUUUGGUGAAUUUUUUAUAUCUGUUGAUGUAAAUAUAAAAAAGAAGAUGUGGUAUGAUUGCCAAUGAGACAACUCUCCACACAUGCACAAGAGACCAAAUGACACAGAAAUUAACAGCUAUAGGUCACAGUACGGCCUUCAACAAUGAGCAAAGCCCAUACCGCACAGUCAGCUAUAAAAGGCCCAGAAAUGACAAUGUAAAACAAUUCAAACAAGAAAACUAACGGCCUAUUUUAUGUAAAAAAAUGAACAAAUAUAACAAAUAUGCAACACAUAAACAAACGACAACCACUGAAUUACACUUUUAUAGGCUUCUGACUUGGGACAGGCACAUACAUGUACAUACAGAAUGUGGCGGGCUUAAACAUGUUAGCGGGAUCCCAACCCUCCCCUAACCAAGGACAGUGGUGUAACAGUACAAUAUAAGAAAGAACUAUAAAAAUCAGUUGAAAGAGGAUAAACUCAUCAGAUGGAUAAAUACAAAUACAAGUGGACGUGGUCGGGUAGUUGUACAUCCAAACAACAAAAAGACACUAAGUACAAAUCUGAGAGUACUCGCAGUUACUGACAGCUAGUUCAAAGCCACUAACAACUGAUAAAAAAAUCUUGCAUCUAAGACUAAAUUAUCAAUCCGUAAGCUCCCUUUAGAAUUUUAUAAAUUUUAGAUUUUACAUUUCUGAGUUAUGGGGUUUUAUUCAUUAAAAAAGGGGGGAUUUUCCAGUUUUUGGACAACAACUCAAAAAUGCUUUAAGUAGUUCACAUGAAACUUUGGUGAAUUAUUUAUAGCUAUUGAUGUAAUCUCCCUAUUGAUUUUCAUAAAUUUCAAA